GCCUCCACGUCCACCUUGAUGGUCGGUGUCCGUCCCAGCUGGCUAGUUGGCGGCCACAAGUUGAUCACUGAGCGGCCACAAGUUGAUCACUGAGCGGCCACAAGUUGAUCACUGAGCGGCCACAAGUUGAUCACUGAGCGGCCACAAGUUGAGCACUGAGCGGCCAGUCCAGGACCAGACAGUCGCCGCGGAGCCUCGCUAAAAGAGCCAGAAAAAUGGAUUUGAUGCUCCAUUAUCAGUAGACUGUGUAGUGAUCCUUGGAUGGAAGGGAUAGAAAGAGGAAAUAAAGGAAGACAAAUGGGGAAAUUGCUGAGACAAGAGGGGGUUAAGACCGAGACAACAGCAAACACAAUAACAACAACAACAACAACAACAACAGAGCAGCAUCAGCAAAUACGAUAUGUACAUAUAAGAUCCUGAAUGCUGAGAGGAGAAUGAAUCCUUUAGGUCAUCGAAGACCUCUGUGUCUCUGCCCUCGCUAGUGGCCACCCCACAGGGUAGGAAAGGCAAGGCUGCCCCAGUAAAUAUGCCUGGAUGGAGGUCUCGGUGGCGCCUUGUCCUGCUCAACUCCCUCACCUGUGGCCUGGAGAUCUGUGUGGCAGCUGGGAUCACCUAUGUGCCGCCGUUGCUGCUGGAGGCUGGAGUGGAGGAGCGCUACAUGACUAUGGUUCUAGGUAUCGGUCCAGUCCUCGGCCUCCUCUUCGUCCCUCUAAUCGGCUCCGCCAGCGACCACUGCAACAGCAGUUAUGGCAGAAGGCGACCUUUCAUCUGGCUCUUCUCUCUGGGAGUCCUCUUGGCACUUUUUAUCAUCCCCUAUGCAGACGUCCUGGCUGCACGCUUUGCCUGGGGCGGACACACCUUACAGGUGGCUUUCCUUAUCCUUGGAGUGGGUCUCCUGGACUUUUGUGGACAAGUAUGCUUCACACCAUUGGAGGCUCUGUUGUCCGACCUCUAUCGAGACGGGGAGGACUGCAACCUGGCCUUCGCAAUGUUCUCCUUCAUGGUCAGCUUGGGAGGCUGCGUGGGAUACUUGCUUCCUGCCAUAGACUGGAGACAUAGCCUGCUCGCCGUUUACCUCGGAGGCCAGGCCCAGUGCCUCUUCUUUCUCCUCAUCUUCAUCUUCGUCUCCAGUGUACUCAUCACUAUGAAAGUGUCCGACUCUACUGAGCCCUCCAGCGCCAUCAGCCGCUCCCCAACCCUGGAGUCUCUGCUGGACUCAGGCGGCGCUACAAUGGAGUCCGACCAGUGUGGCGUGUCUCGCCCCUGCUGCUGCGUGUUGAAGUGCAAGCUGAGGCUGCUGAAGACAGGACCGUUGCUGUGUUUGCUAAGAACAUGCGCUUCCAUGGCUCCCGCCAUCUACAGAAGCUACUGCCAUGUCCCCAGGGUGAUGUGGCAGCUGUGUGUGGCUCACCUCUGCAACUGCAUGGCCGUCAUGUCCUUCAUGCUCUUCUUCACAGUCUUUGUAGGGGAAGGCCUGUACAGUGGUGUGCCCAACGCUGAACCAGGAAGUGUGCCCAAACAAAGAUAUGAUGAAGGCGUCCGCAUGGGAAGUCUGGGUUUGUUCCUGCAGUGCGCUACCUCCACCUUCUUCUCCAUGGUCAUGAGUCGCAUGGUUGACCACUUCGGGUCUCGCCAGGUGUACUUGAGCGGCAUGGUGAGCUUCACCGCCUCCGCUCUGGUCAUCUGCCUCUCCAAAAGCGUGGCGCUGGUCACGAUCAUGGCCGCCCUCACCGGCUACGCCUACGCCACCCUGCAGACUUUGCCCUACACCCUCACCUGCCUCUACCACAAAGACAAGAAGGUGUUCAUGCCAAAAAGGAAAACCAAACGCCUGCAUCAAAACGGCGUCAAAAACCUAACCAAGCGGGACUAUCUGGCGGCUGCAGAAGAGGGACUCACAAACGCCGCUGGCACGUCCUUCUACUGCCAGGACGCUUACUUCUCCGCUUCCCUCAGUCACAACGGAAUCACGGAACAGGACCAGCUGGAGUUAGGAUAUGAAAAUCGCGGCGUGGGUUUAGACUUUGCCAUUUUGGACAGCACCUUCCUCCUCGCUCAGGUGAUCCCCACCCUUUUUAUGGGCGCCAUUGCCCAAUUGGCGCAGUCCGUCACGGCGUACAUGGCCUGCUCCGCUGUCUUGGGCGUCGUCGGCAUCUAUUUUGCCACCCACAUCGUUUUUGACCAGAAGGACCUCAAAGGCCGAGACUUGGACGGGAAACCCCUGGGGAAGGUUGUUGAAUAAUCCACGAGGAAGGUUGCGGAAUAAUCCACGGGGAAGGUUGCGGAAUAAUCCACGGGGAAAAUUGUGGAAUAAUCCACAGGGAAGGUUGCGGAAUAAUCCACGGGGAAGGUUGCGGAAUAAUCUACGAGGAAGGUUGUGGAAUAAUCCACGGGGAAGGUUGCGGAAUAAUCCACGGGGAAGGUUGCGGAAUAAUCCACGGGGAAGGUUGCGGAAUAAUCCACGGGGAAGGUUGCGGAAUAAUCCACGGGGAAGGUUGCGGAAUAAUCCACGGGGAAGGUUGCGGAAUAAUCCACGGGGAAGGUUGCGGAAUAAUCCACAAACAGUUUCCCUGCGGGCGGAGAGGAGGUCAACAAUGCACUAAAAGAUAGUUUGGUAUCCCAGGUAUCUGGUAUCCAUUUUAUUGCAUUCUUUUUAAAGAGCACCUUAUCAAGUGUGCCAGUAGGGGGCAGUGGAGAUGAAAAGUGAACAUAUCAACAACAACGUGCAGCUGCAUCAAUGACUCCUGUUAAUAAUACAUAACUACUUGCAGGGUAUUUACAUGCUUUUACUUUGGUACCAAGACCCCUCAUCAGCUUCCUUUACAGUGCAGGACUAACCCUUUACACUCAGUUCUUGGUCAGGGCAUUGAAUCAGGUUGUCUUAGAAGACUCUCAUCGGUUCUUGCUGAAAGACUCAAGCUGUCCUAUCUAGUCAUGAGAAAGAACCGUUGAAGCCUUGAAUGAAUCGUUCACAACUGGACUGUCCAGGUUGUCUUAGAAGACUAUUUCAUCGGUUCUUGUUUGAAACUCGAGCUGUCCUAUCUAGUCAUGAAAAACAAUGGAUAUCCUUUAAUAAAGUGAUCACUACUGGACUGUCCAGGUUGUCUUAGGAGACUAUUUAAUCGGUUCUUGCCGGAGAACUUGGUCUGUCCUAUCCAGUCAUGGGAAAAAGAACCGAUGAAGCCUCUAAUAAAUCGUUCACAACUGGACUGUCCAGCUUGUCUUAGAAGACUAUUUCAUCGGUCUUGUUUAAAACUUGAGCUGUCCUAUCUAGUCAUGAUAUAGAACAGAUGAAGCCUCUAAUAAAGUGAUCACUAGUGGACUGUCCAGAUUGUCUUAGAAGACUAUUUCAUCGGGUCUUGUUCAAAACUCGAGCUGUCCUAUGUAGUCAUGAAAAAGAACCAAUGAAGCCUCUAAUCAAUUGUUUGCAAUUGGACUGUCCAGGUUGUCUUAGAAGACUAUUUCAUCGGUUCUUGUUUAAAACUGGAGCUGUCCGAUCUAGUCAUGAGAAAGAACCGAUGAAGCCUUGAAUGAAUCGUUCACAACUGGACUGUCCAGGUUGUCUUAGAAGACUAUUUGAUCGGUUCUUGUUUAAAACUCCAGCUGUCCUCUCUAGUCAUGAUAAAGAACAGAUGAAUCGUUGAAAACUCGACUGUUCAGGUUGUCUUAGACUAUUUCAUCGGCUCUUGCUGAAAGACUCAAGCUGUCCUAUCUUGUCAUGAGAAAGAAGCGAUGAAGCCUCUGAUGAAUUGAUGACUACUGGACUGUUUAGGCUGCCUUCUAAGGUAUUUCACAUCUCUAAGCAGGGUUCCUCACUACAUGCUCAAGACUAAAGCUGUCCUAUCUUGUCUUGAGCAUGAACCGUUGCAGCAAACUGGGAGUCGUUGUAAACUUUACAUGGACUCUCACUGUGCUUUUUGAAGUUGAAUGAAGGUUUCUCUGGCUCCUUCUAAGUAGGUCAGUUAAAGACAUCUCUUUUGACUCGUUAUAAAGCUGUCCUAUCUUGUCUUGGGCUUGGACGUCCUGCAAGACAACUUUUUAACAGUUUUCUGAGUUCAAGCUGGAGAUGCCUUCUCCUCCAGUGGCCGUUGUUGCCCACAAACAUGCAGAUGUUUUGACUGCAAGUCCUGCUGCUGCCUGGCAAGACUUCUGGUCUUCAUCGCUCAGGUUGAAUGUCAUGCCUUCAUUCAGAAGAACAUCUGUAACACCGGGGCGGCAUAGCUCGGUUGGUAGAGCGGCCGUGUCAGUAACUUGAGGGUUGCAGGUUCGAUUCCCGCUUCCGCCAUCCUAGUCACUGCCGUUGUGUCCUUGGGCAAGACACUUGACCCACCUGCUCCCAGUGCCACCCACACUGCUUUAAAUGGAACUUAGAUAUUGGCUUUCACUAUGUAAAGCGCUUUGAGUCACUAGAGAAAAGCGCUAUAUAAAUAUAAUUCACUUCACUUCCAUUUUCUCACAUCAUUGCACUCCUUUGACAAUCUUGGACUGGAGCAAGUGAAGAUAGUCCACACUGAUGUAGGCUAGAAAAUAUGCUUUCAUUAGAGCGUGUUUCUAUCUGCUCGGGUUCUACUUGGGCAAAAGCAAACAUGGAUGGUUGCACAAUCAGUUAAGUGCCUGUGGGUUUUAUAGACUUUUGUACACAUGUUUUUUAUUUAUGAUACUUUUAUGUCAAGAAGAAACAAUUGUUUGUAAUUAUUGGCCUGGAGCAUCCGCUGGAGGUGCGAUGGAAAAGGGCUAUUUUUGUGAAAAAGAUAAAUUAUUUGUAUAGACGUGCUGAGGUAUUUGAGAAAUGUUCUUUGCUACUCCUUGCCUUUUAUUACCACUAAACUCAAGUACAUAGAAGUUUGGGAAAUUGUGUUCGAUGUAAAUAUAAAUGGAAUACAAUGAUUUGAAAAUCCUUUCCCACAAGAUAUUUGAUGUUCAAACUCAUAAUCUGUAUUGUUUUUGCAAAUAAUAAUUAACUUAGAAUUUCAUGGCUGCAACACGUGCCAAAGUAGUUGGGAAAGGGCAUGUUCACCACUGUGUUACAUCACCUUUUCUUUUAACAACACUCAAUAAACGUUUGGGAACUGAGGAAACUAAUUGUUGAAGCUUUGAAAGUGGAAUUCUUUCCCAUUCUUGUUUUAUGUAGAGCAGGGGUCGGGAACCUUUUUGGCUGAGAGAGCCAUGAAAGCCAAAUACUUCAAAAUGUAUUUCCGUGAGAGCCAUAUCAUAUUUUUUAACACUGAAUACAACCAAAUGCGUGCAUUUUUUAAGUAAGACCAACAUUUUUAGAGUAUAAUAAGUCUCUAAUUCUUUUGAAUAACAUUAUUUCUUGAACAGAUGCGGUAGAAAACGGAUGGAUGGAUUAAAAUGUAUGAGAAUGUUUUAUAUUUUCAACAUUAUUUUGAACAUUGUGAUUACCAGCGGAAUUAUUCAUGACUUAUCCUGUUAAGCGAUGUCAGCUAAGAUUUAUCUGAGAGCCAGAUGCAGUCAUCAAAGGAGCCACAUCUGGCUCUAGAACCAUAGCUUCCCUACCCCUGAUGUAGAGCUUCAGUCGUUCAACAGUCCGGGGUAGGGCUGGGCGAUAUGGCCUUUUUUUAAUACCGCGUUAUUUUUAGGCCAUAUUUUUAGGCAAUAAUACGAUAUUUUGCCUUGGCCUCGAAUGAACCCUCGAAACAUAUAACCACAGCAGUAUGAUGAUUCUAUGUGUCUACAUUCAAAUAUUCUUCUUCAUGCUGCACUAAUAUAUGCUACUUUUAAACUUUCAUGCAGAAAAGGAAAUCAUAACUAAGUCAAUUCAUCAAAACUGUAUUAAAGUUAUUAGCUGAUGACCCUUCAAAUGAUGCUACAUAUUAGCAGUAAUGCUACUCUUGGUAGCAACGCUUGUGCCCCAAACUUGACAAAUUAAAGUUGUUUAUUCGACAUAUUCCCGCUUGAAGCCGAACCACCGCUGUUUUUCUUGGGAAUUAAGUCUUCCUUCAUUUGUUACCAGAUUCGCACCUUCUUUCCCUCGCAACAACCCGCUAGCAUCACAGCUAACGUUAGCCAUGCCGCUACCUCUCCGCUGGGCGAGGGCGUGUACGUAUGACGUGACAGAAAGUGAUGUAUGAAUGUGCGCCUGCUUGUCUGUGAGGUGACACCGUUGUGUCCUUGGGCAGGACACUUCACCCUUGCCCCCGGUGCCGCUCACACUGGUGAAUGAAUGAUGAAUGAAUGAUUGGUGGUGGUGGGAGGGGCCGUAGGUGCAAACUGGCAGCCACGCUUCAUUCAGUCUACCCCACAGAUGUAGCUUACCACCACCAGGUGUGAAUGAAAGAUGGCUUCCCACUUCUCUGUGAGCGCUUUGAGUAUCUAACAAUAGGAAAGCACGAUAUAAAUCUAAUCCAUUAUUAUUAUUAUUAUUCCACAGGAAAGAGUGAGGAGAUUGUAAUGCCCGCAGCUGCGUGAGAACAUCUACUCCAAUAUUACGAUUUAGUCAUUUUCUAUAUCACACAGAGACAAACCCGCGAUAUAUCAAGUAUGUCAAUAUAUCACCCAGCCCUAGUCUAGGGUCGCCUCUGUCCUAUCUUACGCUUCAUAAUGCGUCACACAUUUUCCAUGGGAGACAGGUCUGGACUGCAGGCGGGCCAGGAAAGUACCCAAACUCUUUUUUUUACUGAGCCACGCUGUUGUAACACCUGUUUUGCUGAAAUAAGCAGGGGCGUCAUGAUAACGUCACUUGGAUGACAACAUAUGUUGCUCCAAAACCUGUAUGUACCUUUCAGCAUUAAUGGUGCCUUCACACAUGUGUAAGUUACCCAUGUCUUGGGCACUAAUACACCCCCAUACCAUCACACAUGUGUAAGUUACCCAUGUCUUGGGCACUAAUACACCCCCAUACCAUCACACAUGUGUAAGUUACCCAUGUCUUGGGCACUAAUACACCCCCAUACCAUCACACAUGUGUAAGUUACCCAUGUCUUGUUCACUAAUACACCCCCAUACCAUCACACAUGUGUAAGUUACCCAUGUCUUGGGCACUAAUACACCCCCAUACCAUCACACAUGUGUAAGUUACCCAUGUCUUGGGCACUAAUACACCCC